ACAACAAUACCAUUUGGCUAUGCAUGACAGACGAUAUGGGAUGAAUGGGAUCCCAAGUAUGAUGGUGUCGAUUUGUAACACUUAAUCAGUAAAUCAGGCUGUGUCAACAUCGCAUCAUGACUGGGGGCCAGGUUACUUCGCCCGCAACCCCUAGUGAUGGAGGUGGUGGCUCCACACAUCGUAAGGGUCACCGAAGGCAGGAAUCAAUGUAUGCCAUGACGGGAUUAUAUUCUGAGAGCGUUCCAGAAGAUGAUGGAGAACCCGAAAAACAUACGACUACAAAUUUUUGUCACGACACUGUCAUUAAAUGUCACAGUCGAAAUCCAUCUUCCGGAUUUGAUAGAGAAAAAGCAGCUCACACUACUUCAUUUAAUGAAACUCCAACUGUGAUAUUAAGGGAUACAAAUGAUUGUGGAAUCCUAAAGUGCCGACCCCCGUUUAUACAAAAAUAUGCAGGAAUUAAGUCUUUUGUACUUCUUUUGUCUUUUCUUGUAACUCUUCAACAAGCGCUCAGUUCUGGUUACAUCAAUUCUGUGAUAACAACCAUUGAAAAACGAUUUGAAAUCCCAUCAAGUCUAUCUGGUCUAAUAGCGUCUUCGUAUGAAAUAGGAAAUGUGAUAACGGUUAUAUUUGUUAGUUACUUAGGAAGCAGGCGUCACAUACCCGUUUGGAUUGGAGUGGGUGCUGUUAUAAUGGGCGUCGGAUCCAUAAUAUUUAUGGUGCCGCAUUUUAUCGCCGAGGAAACUGUUAGUGCAGUUACUACUAAUACAACCGAGGAAAAUAUGUGCCGGAUCGUUUCGGUGCGAGAACAAAACAUGGGACUCAGUCUCUUAUCGUCGGGCUUAUCAUCGCCUCCCCUUGCUCCGCAUAAUAAUUUACGGGGCGAUAAUUGCAUCCAAGGAUCGCCAUCGACAACAGGACCUGUCAUGUUGUUUGUUCUUGCUCAAUUGCUUUUGGGAUGUGGAGGUUCCCCGCUUUUUACGUUAGGAACGACUUAUAUUGAUGAUCACGUGCGUUCUGAUAGUUCGUCUAUUUAUAUAGGCUGUAUGUAUAGUAUGGCUGCGUUCGGACCAGUUCUGGGUUUCCUGUUAGGAGCUUAUUUGUUGUCCUUUCAUAUGGACUCGUUUUCCAAAAUUAUAUCAAUCGAUCCUGGAAAUCAUAAGUGGGUGGGUUUGUGGUGGGGGGGAUUUUUACUAGGUGGACUAUUACUGAUUCUGGUAUCAAUACCAUUUUUCUCAUUUCCAAAAGAAUUAACUCACGAAAAAGAAAAAAUAAGACUUAUGGAGAAGGCGGCUGCCAAAUCCAAUGGAAACAAUAAUACUUCUGCGUCGACUGCACCUGUUCAACACACAACAAAAAAUGAUAGCGGAUACGGCAAGGAUGUUAAAGAUAUUCCUCAAUCAAUGUGGAGGUUGGUGUGUAAUCCAAUUUACAUUGUAACGUGUCUUGGCGCGUGUAUGGAACUCAUUAUAGUGUCUGGAUUUGUUGUAUUCUUACCUAAAUAUUUAGAAACACAGUUCAGUUUAGGAAAAAGUCAAGCGAGUGUGUUUACUGGUUCCAUCGCUAUACCCGGUGCGUGCAUUGGCAUAUUUAUGGGUGGUUGCAUUUUGAAGCGUAUGGAAUUGCGACCGAAAGGAGCGAUACAAUUUGUACUUUUUGCCAACUUUAUUUGUCUCUCUUGUUACGCCUUGCUGUUCUUCUUGGGCUGCGACAAUCUCAAAAUGGCCGGCACUACGAUUCCAUAUUUUAAUAGUACUCAUACCGAACCAUUCCAAGUGAAUCUUACGUCAUCUUGUAAUUUUGGAUGUGAAUGUAGCAUGAAUGACGUUGAGCCUGUAUGUGGAAAUAAUGGGUUAACCUAUUUUAGUCCGUGUCACGCCGGUUGCACCUCCAUUUUAAGGUCCAAUUACACCAACUGUGCCUGCAUACACGGUAAUAUGAGUUUAAUAACGGGGACAACAUCUGCAGUUACACUGGGUGCUCGAACUGCCGAUGCUGAAUAUGCUGAAGUCACAGUAGUUCCCGUCGCUACUGCUGGUCCAUGCAACUCUUCCUGCCAUACUAUUUAUCCAUUUCUGAUUUUAUUGUUUUUUAUGACAUUUAUUGUAGCUGUAACUCAAAUGCCAUUACUAAUGAUUGUGCUUAGAUCCGUCGGUGAGGAAGAGAGGUCGUUUGCUUUAGGAAUGCAAUUUGUAAUAUUUCGACUGUUUGGUUAUAUACCCGCUCCGAUUUUGUUUGGCAACCUAAUAGACUCUACGUGCUUGCUUUGGAAGAGUACGUGUGGUACCAAAGGUGGGCGAUGUCUCUUGUACGACAUCGAAAAAUUUCGUUAUAAGUACGUCGGAUUAUGUGCCGGAAUUAAAAUUCUGGCUUUAGCAAUUUUCAUAACCGAUUGGUGGCUGAUUAGACGUCGCCGGCAAAUGGAUGAAAUUGCAGGAAUGACGGCAAACGAAAUUGUUGGCUCUAUUAUUAGUUUAGAUAAAUUAUUUGAAGAGAAAGGAUUUACAGCUGGUCAUCGGCGUAAUAUUAGCUCUGUUUCAACGUACGAAAUUCCUGCUUCUCCAAAUCCGUCUACAUCCGGCCUUAAAACUAACUCCCCACCUGGUGGUACUGAUUUAAAAUCCACGGCUGCUAAGGCAUCAUGCGAAAACAAAGAGGAUGACCCUAACUGUCAGAAUGAUGCUGUUUCGUGUGGCAAUAUCAGUUUGAAAGAAAAGGAAGGGCAGUUAUAAUUAGAAUAACACCUAGGCAAUUUUGCACAGUUAGAUCAUUUUAAAUGGUCAUUUCAUCUGACACUUGUUGUAUAACACCGAUUAGUUAUCCCAGUUGCUUCCAAAGUAACUUCUUGCCUUAGUUUAUUUGGAGAAAGUCAAAUGGAUCCUAUUUUUUUUGGCAAAGUUCAAGUGCUUACUUAGUUUAUGUUACUUAUCCUAAUGCUGCUAUUAUUUCUUGAACGGUAGCUAUUUAGUAGCAGAUGAGCUUGAAAUUUUACUACUAAAGGUAUCUAACUUUUGAAAAACAUUAAUUUAGAUGGUUAGAUUUUUAUUAACCAUUAGUUAUUGCUUCAAACAAACAGUGGUUAUGUAUUUCGUAUGAAUCAUUUGAUGGUGCUUAAACAGUAUUGCAAUAUUAAUUACAGCAUAUUCUUUCAGUUCUUUUUGGGAAUAACAGAUUAGCUAGACGACUAUUGUUAUAUGAUAUUACUAAUUUAAGGCGUUUCUGGAUAUGCUGUAGACACUGUACAAAUUAGCUAAGUAUUAAGAAAGAACUAUGCAACGUGAUUUUUUUAGAUUUUCAUCGAGAACAAGUAGUUUGAAAAGUACAAUGUUAAUAAAAAUGUAAAUUAGCAUUAUAUUUUAGCAAGGCAGUAAACAUAAUAGCCACUUACUAUUGCACCUAUUCGGUUAAUAAAGCCUAAUACUUGCAUAUGAGUGCACACUUAACUAUUAACAUAUACACCACUAUGGUAGAAUGCAGAGAGUUCUCUUUUUGAUUUUGUCUUUGUUUCGCCUUUUGUACCAAUAUUGUGUAAGGGAACUUAAAAAUUGCACUAUAGCAAUAAUCUGUUUUUAUUUUUUGACACGUACUUAAAAACCAUAAAUAUCUAAGUAGUCUUAUGAGACCACUUACUUAACCAGUAAUACUUCGAAAUAAACUAAGAUGAAGGAUUAUGUAGGAAUUUUUAAAUCCAAAACUAUAGAUAAUGACGGUUAAGUUUCAUAAAGUCACUGUAUCUUUUUUCAACCCUUCUUUUGCCAAAUAAACCUUCCAACUGAACUUUGUCUUAAAGCAUAUUGUCACUACUUAUUGAAUUUCAGAAUUCUAAUUACAAUUUGAUCAUGAUUAGUAUGAUGUGUAUUCUUACCCCUUCUUUCGUAAUGUGGUUGAUAAACUUUUGAAAGUAUCAAUACAAAAAAGUGUCAAUAUUAUCCUAACCCAGAUCACAAGGAAAGUCAAUAAACAAUUCAUAUCAGUAUUUCUACCUUUGACGCCUACUUCAGCAUGUGAAAACUUCAUUCUAAAACAAAAGUCAAUUAUUUAUAAGUUGGACCAUGUAACACUCGUCUAAACCAAAAAUGGUUGUGGUUAUGAUCAUUUUGACAAUAAAUGCACUUAGACGAUUCGCCCUUUUAUACUGAAUAAUGUAAAUACAGAAAUUGUUAAAUACUAUUAAUCCACCCAAUUUUUUCAUGUCACAGUUGUACAUGUGCUUAAAGUAUAACCAAUGCAGUACAACCGAACCAAAAUUUGGUACUAAUUUGAUACCAAAACAUUCAUUUCAUUUAAACAGCUUGAAUGGACAUAUUCAAAAAUGCUUUGAUGCUACUUUAAACUUUUAGUUUUUAGUGACACAGAACUGCAUGAUUCGUGAUUGGUGCAAGCAAUCAGCUUUACAUUAAAUUGGAAUUAACCGUCCCCAUGAAUAGAUUCGGACACCACCGAAUAAAAUUUUAUGUUUGCAUGAUAGGAUUUAGUAAAUGUGUUAUUUAACUGUAUUGCAUUGGUUAAUUGGAACUUGAAGUAGGCACAGAAAAUCAAAUGUUGAUCCUUUUUGGUUAAUGUUAGUUCUACAUAAUCCUUAUACUAUAUGGCCAUUUUGCAUAAAAUUAAGAAUGCACAAUCGUAAUUCACAAUUUUGAGUACUUAAAAUUAAAAGUCGACAUUUUGCAAUAAGUGGUGCCACAGUUUCAAACUGCAAACCUAUCAUGUAGUACGUUCCAUUUGAAAUAUAUUAUUAAGGAGCAAUUAGGGUUACAUAAAAGGCGUGUUAAAAUGAAUGUAUUUUAUUAAUACAUGAAACAAACAAAUAUUUUAUUAAUAUAAAAUAAGUGAUAGCAGAUGAGUUGUACUCACUGCCAAUGAUAAUUCGGAUGACAUUUAUUCUAGUUUAAACCAAAUUUUUGUAUUUUAUUUAUUUGUAAUAAAUGGUUUUGAUCACA